AUGGCUUCUCUUCAACGAGCAUUGACACCGACAAAGUUUCCAGAUGUCGUCGAGAAUAUUGAGAAUAUGCCUCGACCGCCCAAGACAACGGCGAACGGCAUAGUGCUGGUUCCACAGCCUACUGACGACCCCAAGGACCCACUGAACUGGCCUAUGCGGAAAAAGUUAAUGAACCUCGGGGUGAUAGUCCUGGCGUCAUUUGCCUGUGAUAUUGCAAACGUUGCCAAUGCAGCCAGUGUUGCUGCUCAAGCAACCGACUACAACAAGACUCUCGUCGCUAUUAGUUACUCUGUAAGCAAUUACAAGUUUAAUCUCGUUCCGGCUUGUAAACUGACCGAGCGACUCGUUCUUGCUCAGAUCUCAGCCAGCGUAGCCGGUCUUGCAGUUGGACCCCUCAUCUGGACUCCCCUGGCUAGGAAAUUUGGAAAAUGCCUACUCAUCUUCUGGACAACGCUUGUUCUACUAGGCACAUCAAUUUGGGGUGCACUUUGUACAAAGCAGGGCGACUACAUAUCCUUCAUCAUGUCCAGAACAAUAGCAGGUCUCUUCGGGUCAGCUUCGAUUACGCUCGGCGCUGGUCUUAUCAUUGAGACGUUCUAUCUCCAUCAGCGUGGAAAGUGCUUCACAGUAUACAGCAUUAUUCUGCUAGUCGGUACGGUCGCGGGUCCUACUUUCUCUGGUUUUAUCGUGGCAUACUCCACGUGGCCAGUAGAAUACUGGUACAAUGUUGGAUUAGAGGUUGUCGUUCUCAUAUUAGUGCCCCUAUGCAUGUCAGAGACAGGCUUCACACGUCCAGGAGGUCCGAUCUAUCCUCCACUGCCAGAAAAUUGGGUACAAGAUCGGAUUGCUACCUUCAUUACAGGAAGGGUCGUACCUCAAACUACAUGGCGCCAAGUCCUUUCUGCUGCUGGAACCCAAUUUGCCAUUAUGGCGUCUCCUGUGUCGCUACUUGCUGGCGGAUAUCUUCUCAUUAUGUUCGCAUGGCCCGUGGCCGUCAACACUUUGUUGGGCGUAUUUCUCCAGACACCAGUCGAACUCGGCGGAUAUGGCUUUACACCUGAGCAGAAUUCCUACUUUCUAUUCACCAGCUGGAUUGCGAUUAUAGUUGCUGAAAUAUAUGGACAUCUAGUGGUUGAUCGAUUCGCACUUUACAUGUGUAAGCGGUUCAACACGGGCAUGUGGAAACCAGAGUAUCGGCUUCACUCUCUGUGGGUUCCAGGUUUGAUCCUCAUGCCCGUCGGACUCGGUCUGUUUGGUGCAUCACUACAUGGGCACUACCACCCUGCGGUUCUUGCUCUAGGUUUGUUCGGCAUUGUCUCGUCAGCCGUUAUUGCCGUUCCGGUAUUGGAUACCUACGUCGUCGAAUGCUUCACCACGCUUGCUGCCGAAGCAAAUGCAGUGAUGAACGCUUGGCGUAUAAUUUUCGGGCUUACGAUACCAUUCUUCAUCACGCCUUGGAUUGCCAGGGUUGGUAUCAACUGGGUAUUCGGCUCCAUGGCAUUCUUCAGUAUCUUUGCCUUCUCAUUCCUGAUUGUAUUGAUGGUAGCGGGGCAUUCCGUUCGACGUGCGACAUUUGGACACACUGGAGCAGACGAAGAAGGCAUCUCAAUGACUGUGAAUCUUCAGGACAUGAGUCAGGACAAGCCUUAG